AUGCCGGGCUUCCUGGUACACGGUGCUCCGGCGAGGCUGUGCGUGGGCCUUGCGUGUGUUCUGUCCCUUUGGAACACAGUGUCCGCUUUUAAAGGAGAAGGCAAGAAGGAAAAGGUCACGACCUUCCUACCCACAACAGUGUCUGGUCUUAGAGGGGAGGAGAGGAAGGAAGGGGGGGUGGCUUUCUGGACACCACAGCUGCCUGCGAGGCUGGUCGAUCUGUCCGCACUUAACCUGACAGAGGUGGUGAACGGGAUGCUGAGCAGAGCUUUGAAAGAUAGCAAGAAAUUCUUCUCCCUGCUCAGCAUCACUUCCUAUAGUUCCUUCGCCUUCCACAAGUUUUCUGUGGCCAUUUACAACAUUUCCAACCUGAAGGCGGUGGACCAGGCCAAGUUCCCCACGCGGUACUGCUACUGCUUGAGCAAUCGGACCAAUGGCCUCUCAGACUUCACAGCCCUGCUGGUGGACGUCAUUGGGAACUCUACCAGCUACCUCACGGAGAUUUUCAAGUCUACCUCCAUCCUCUCGGUGAGUCAGAGGAAUGACUCCGACUGCGUCUUCAUCUGCGUGAUGACGGGACAGUCAGGAAGGAACCUUUCUGACUUCUGGGAGAUGGCGGAGAAAUCGCCGGUUGUCAAUUACACGUUUACCAGCAGCCUGUCUGGUGUUCCGGGAACACUCACCCCCAGCACACAGACUCCAAGUCCAACCAAGGCACCGGCCCCUAGACAUCCACAGACAGGUGACCUCCCGUGGUCCUUUACCCCUGGAGAAGAGCCAGCCCUGGUCCCUGGAACCCACCAAGUUCAAGCUUCAAGGUGUCCUCAGCAGCUCCUCAGAGAAGGGCCGGUAACAGCCGCUCCUCCCCGCCUGGCCACCCAGAAACUCAACAUUUGCCUGAUGGAGCUGUGCCGAUUUUUCCAGCAAUGCCUCUGCGGGAACCAGAGGAGGGACCCCGGGACGGAGGCCGGGAGGCACUGUCUUGAGUACUAUUCCUGGUUUCUGAAAGGUGCGACAUCCCUCUGUCAGAAGGCGAGGAGGCUGUCCCACUCACACACCUUAAAACAAAGAUGCCUUGAAAAUAUCUGCAAGUCUGUGUGA